UCUAUCGCAAUGAAGACUCUCCUGGUUUUGACUGUCCUCGGCGUGGUGACCGUCGCCACUGCCAGCGUCAUACCCCGCCAAACGUACGACACCGAUCACCAGCAUAAGCGCUCGAUCCCGUCCGACGACAGCACGCAAACCUUGGGCUACACGGAAGCCGAAACCACUUCGGAACACUGGCGCCAAGUGGCACGCAACAUCAUCGCAGCCAAGCUGACCGAAACGCCCGUUGUGACCAAACCGAAGAACGUGGUGCUAUUCAUCGGCGAUGGAAUGUCGGCCCAAACGAUUUCCGCCACCCGAAUGUACCUCGGCAACGAAAACAGGAUGCUUGCAUUCGAGAAUUUCGCCAACUUGGCCACGGUACGAACGUACUGCGUUGAUCAGCAGGUGGCGGAUUCGGCUUGCUCGGCAACGGCGCUGUUUUCUGGUGUCAAGACGAAUCAAGGAAUGAUCAACGUGCCGUCGGAAGUAGCGUUCAAUAACUGUGCAUCAUCGAGUGAAAUCGUUGGAUUGCUGAAGUGGGCUCAGGAAAGCGGUCUAGCGACAGGACUAGUGACUACAGCACGUGUUACAGAUGCAACAACAGCAGCAGCGUACGCAAGCGUGGCGAACCAAGACUGGGAGGAUGAUUCAUAUGUGAGACAAAGUGGAUGUGAUCCAUCUCAGGUUUCGGAUAUUGCUCAGCAGUUGGUUCAUGGAGAAGUGGGACGCAAUUUGAAUGUCAUUUUGGGAGGAGGUCGUAAACACUUUAUUCCCUCGACUACAGUCGACGAAGAAGGCAAAUAUGGAUCGAGGACGGAUGGACGUAAUUUGAUUGAUGAAUGGAAAGAAUUGCACCCACAAGGAGAGUAUGUGUGGAAUAGGACCAGCCUGCGGUCAGUUAGCUCUAGCCGGACCGAACAAUUGCUUGGUUUGUUUGAAAGCGAUGACUUGAAAUACCACUUGGAGAUGAUUGAGCAAGGUUUGUUGACUGAACCGAAUCUGGUCGAUAUGGUGGCGAUUGCUACAGGGGUGCUAAACCGACAUAACGAUGGGUACCUUCUGGUUGUGGAAGGAGGUCUGAUUGAUAAAGCCCACCAUGAAACGAGACCUCGGUUGGCUUUGGAGGAAACUGCCGAGUUCUCACGAGCUGUUGAUUUCGUACAGACUAUUUCACGUGAAGAUGAAACCUUGAUUGUGGUGACGGUGGAUCAUGGAAACUCUAUGACAUACAAUGGAUACGCGAACCGAGGUAGUGAUGUGUUAGGAAUUGCUGGACUGAGUGACGAGGAUGGUCUGCCGUACACUAUCUUGAGCUACGCCAACGGACCUGGCUACUACAGCACCUAUAAGGAGCAGAACCGAGGUGAACGGGUGGAUAUCAGCGGAAUGAACUUUAAGGACUUCCGUACGCAAUAUCCGGCAACCGUUCCGCUGGAUGAGUCCACUCAUGGUGGGGAAGAUGUUCCGGUGUACGCGCGAGGUCCGAUGGCGCACCUAUUUCGGGGCAAUAUGGAGCAAAGUGCGGUUCCCCACCUAAUCGCUUAUGCAGCUCAGUUAGGACGGUUUCGUGUUUAGAUUAAGUUGUAAGAAUCUUUAUAAUAAUGACAUGCGUGUUUAUAUGAACACUAAAUUCUCAAUAAAUUAAAUUUAGACUUGCUAA